UAUAAAUACCAUCCAACCGUUAAUCACUCCUCACUCGCUCACUCUCAGUGUUUCAGAGACACUUCUAUCUAUCACUCUCUCUUUGCUCUUUGCCUUGUGCCUUGUGUGUGCUUUGUUUUGUUAUUCGGUCUCUUUCCUAGCUUCCUGUGUCUGUUUUUUCUUUCUUAUUUGACUCAAUCUCUGCUUAGUACUAUGCAUUACCAGAUGGAGUCUUGGGGAUCUUACAUGCCGACCAGGAGCGUCGGAGACCCGCUGGAACGAGUGGAAAGGCUCGCCUCCGAGAACGCCGUUGUAAUCUUCAGUAUCAGCACUUGCUGCAUGUGCCACGCUAUUAAGAGGCUAUUCUGUGGGAUGGGUGUGAAUCCAACAGUCUACGAGCUGGACGAGGACCCGAGAGGGAAGGAGAUAGAGAAAGCUCUGAUGAGGCUUCUGGGUAGUUCAUCUGCGGUUCCAGUUGUGUUCAUCGGAGGGAAGCUUGUUGGCGCCAUGGACAGGGUUAUGGCGUCUCACAUUAAUGGCACCUUGGUACCCCUUCUCAAAGAGGCUGGAGCUCUCUGGCUCUGAGUCGUAGAUGGAAUGAUUCAGAGGGAAAGAUUCCCGGAAAUAGUAACAGAAAAUCAGAAAUCUCUAUAGAAUAGAAAGAAGGGGGGGAGUGGGUUUGUUUUGUCUCCUCCAUUUUGGAUACACCAAUGUAUUCUUGUUUUUUUUUCUCUUUCCCAUCUUUGCUUAGGUUCUCUUCUCAUUUCUUUUAUCACUCGGCUUCUUUUUCUAUUCGGUUUCUUCUAAUGAAUGUUGCAGAGAGAAAUGUAUUUGCUCCCUCCUCUGUAUAGAAAGAAAGAGAAAUGGGAAAAAAUGAAAGUUUUCUUUAACUGGGUUCUA